ACUCACGUGAAGCAAACAAGGAAACAUCGGAGCAAUUGCAGUUUUAGGACAAAUCUACAUUUGUCCCCUUUCGUACUUACCCUUCUAAUAAUAUAGUGUAAUAAUAUUAACGGCCAUCUUCCAUGGCAGUUGAUAAGUCAACUAUUGAUAUCUCCAACAACUUACUAAACAAUCUCUUCCCUCUUCUCAAAUACUCCACCAGAUGGAGCAAUCUUUGCUCCUCACACUCUUGUUACUAUCUACCACUGCGUUUCUUGGGUCUACCCGGAUCCGAUUGGUCGCUGCCCAUCAAGAAUCAGGCAACUGGCAUUGUGAAACCGACGAGGAAUCCCGAGUUUCUGCGGAGUACAGGCCUGGAUUGGUGACUCUGGAUGGACACGCUGAUGAUUGGGAGAAUAUUGAGGGGUUUGAGUUUUCUUUACUGCCUGCUCUUGACCCAGAUCAUGACCAUGAAUAUAAAGGAGGAAAGAUGACUGUUAAGGCUUUGCACGAUGGGAAAGAUGUAUACUUUUUGAUGCAAGUAGAUGGAGAAUAUGUCUACAACAAAGGAAAUGACAAGAAUUGCCCAUCUGUAGCACUUAUGUUUCAAGUUGGUGAGAGUGCCACAUAUCAUAGUAUGGGUGGGUGUAAGCAAUCACCUGAUGCAUGCAACAAAAAAACUUGUCGUGGGCACGAAGUCGAUAUCAUGCACUUCUCUAUUGGAAAUGCUAUUCCUGGCAGAUUGUAUGGUGGAAACCCAGUCGACAACAGAGAUGGUAAUGGGGGAGACAGAUUUGGUCAUCUAGUCGAUUUAUAUGCUUGGAGCCCACACUGUAUGAAUCUGGACGGGGUUAGUCCUAAAGAAAAUGAUACUUCUGCCCAGAAUGACUGGAGGGGUGCAUGGUGGCAUAGCAGUUUCACAACCCAUUCAGGUUAUUCAGAGGAAGACAGUCCUUAUUCAACAAAGGGUCAGAAGGGAACAUUCUAUUUUGAAUUUUCUAGGGCCCUGAGAACCAUGGAUCGUCUUCAGCAGGAUGUGCAAUUCACCAUCGGUCAGACAAGCAAGUUUUCAGCUGCACUUUGGUAUCCGGAGGAUGGAAAUCCAUGGCACGGAUCAGGACAUUAUACGAUUGGCUGUGAUUGGAUACCUCUAGAUGUUCCUCCAGGUUCAUCGGCAGGCAUCAAAGUGGUAUCAAGAAGCUCUUGGGAUGUUGCCAAUGGUUUUGCUUUUCUGUUAUCUGUUGUUUCAUUUGGUGUAUCCCUUUUUGUUGCUUAUUGGGUUCAUAAGAAAAAUGCCAUCUCUUUUCAACCCAUUGAUCUUUAGAUUCUUUGUUUUGAGUGCUUCUUCCCCCAUGUAUUCCUUUUUUUUUUCUUCUCCUCAUAAUACACAUUUUUAGGAUUGUCUUUACCUUUUUUAUUUGUAUGUAGAGGGAUGGUCAUGGGAUAUUCUUUUGUAAUAAGUGCAAUUUAAACUUUAGAGAAGAUGAUUACACGUUUUAAUAAUAUAUGUGAUAUGUGAUCUCA